AUGGAGAUGUGUGGCCAUCCACACUGUGUAAAAAGGCCGCAGUUCUGGUCAGUCUGGCGACCUUUUUACAAAGCAUAUCAUUUGAACCCACGUAAUAGUAGGAGGAAUCAUGGAGCAUUAUGGCCAUCCGCGCUGUGUAAAAAGGUCGCACUUCUGCGUAUCAUGUUUAACCCACGUAAUAGUAGGAGGACUCAUGGAGCAUUAUGGCCAUCCGCGCUGUGUAAAAAGGUUGCACUUCUGCAUACCAUUUUAACCCACAUAAUAGUAGGAGAAAUCAUGGAGUGUUAUGGCCAUCCACGCUGUGUAAAAAGGUCGCACUUCUGCCCUGAGGGAACAUGGAGGCAGACCUCCAUGAUAUGUCACGGGAAGGGUAGUACUGGGAAUACCAAAGGCUGGAAUUGGCAAAGCUCGCCAAGGUGA